AUAGAAUGUUGUUGUAAUUGUUUAUACCACGAGACCGCCGGUAGAAAAUGUUUGGGCAAGAAGAAUUCUCCUAGAAAUGCCUUUAAGUCGAAAAGGAGCCACAAAUGGGUAAAAGUAAAGGAAAGAAGACUCAGAAUCAAAAGAAAGUUUCCAAGGAAAUUCAGCAAGUUACAGAACUUAAGAGCUUGAGCAAAGUUGCAAAAGCCAAAUCAAAGAAAAAGCAAGAGAAACCAAUUGAUAAGAGUCUUAAAGAUUUCAGAUUUUCUCAACUGGUGGUCCAGCCAUUAGAGGAAACAACACCUUAUAAGGAUGCAAAGGAUCGCAGUAUCUUACAUUCGAAUGUACAGUUAUCAACACAUAUAACUAAGAAACAUGAAGUACAAGAAACUCCAAGAAAUGGUAGACACAUUUCAAAAAUCCAAGAAAGAGAUGAUGAUGUUAUGGUUAUAGAAAAUUCUUUUGCAAACAGUGAUAGUGAUGUCAGUGAGAAUGAGGAUUUUGAAAUUGAAACUACAAAAGAAGAAAUCCCAGUUGCACUUGAUGAGCCAAAGUCUGAUUCAAGCAAAGUAAUAUGUUAUACUGCAAAGGCAAAUGAUGAAGGCAUUGUAGCUUUGGUUGUUCUGAAUGACUCUGCAAUGGUACCUGUAAGUGGGAAAUGUCUGCUGCAUGUCAUUAAAGGACAACUGGAGAUUUUUGGAAAUGAUGUUUCACAGUUGGAUCAGCCUGUUCCAGUGUUUUGUUCCAAAACAUCAGCAUUGUAUCUUUUGCAAGAGAAAAACAAUUGCAAGACAAGGCUGAAACUACAAAAAGAAAGGCUUGCUAUGUUAGAAAAGUAUUUUAACAAUAACUUUGAAAGAAUAAAAGAAGAGGUUUCAUUGCACAGGACAGCUGUGCUUUUAAAAACAUUAUCUUCAUUCGAUGUGGAUUUUUGUUGCAGUCACAAACCAUUCCAACAUAUUUUUGUCAGGUCACCUGAGGUUGGCCUCACACAUUCUGAACAGGAAAGUGCCAUUUCUGUAGCUCAGUGGAAGCCAGUUAUCGCAAAAGCUCAACAGUUAUUGCAAAAGAGUCAAGAUUCUCCCUUCUGUAUCUUACUUUGUGGAAACAAAAACACAGGCAAAUCAACAUUUUCUAGAUUCCUUACGAACUCAUUUUUGAAGAGUUCACGUGUGGUAUUAUAUCUCGACUGUGACCUUGGCCAAAGUGAAUUUACUCCUCCUGGCCUGAUAUCGUUAACAAAAGUGGACACACCUCUUAUUGGUCCGCCUUUUACACACCAAAGAAAGCCAAUCGCAUCUUGGUUCUUUGGCAACACCACCCCAAAAGAUGAUCCUUCCAUGUAUAUUCGCUGCAUCCAAGAAGCUUUUCGUGUUUACAUCGAUGAUUAUUGCUCACAAGGACUGCUGAUUGUCAACACUCAAGGGUGGAUGAAGGGACUGGGCCUGUCCUUGUUGGCUGAUGUGAUAAGAAUUGUAAGGCCUGCAUUGGUCUUGCAAUUCAGAACGCAGACGGAGACCGACCGUGGCUUUUCCCCAUUAAGCGAUGACUGGGUUCGAACGCAGCCAGGCUGGGUUUUUGACAGCGCAGCUAAAGAGAGUGAUGGUAUUGCCAGCUGCAUAGAAUCCCGAACGGAGUUUCACAUUGUGGACACCCCGAGGAAGGAGGGCUCUGAGAAUCAAAAGCUGAAAGCUGUUGACUACAGAAAACUUUCCUUGCUUGCCUAUUUUGCCCGCAUGUACCGGCCAAACGAUAAAGACCUUGCGUUUCAGUCGCAUUGUUGUGACGUCAUUGAAAGGCCGUUUCUGAGUCUGGUACCAAGAAUCGUGUAUUGGAAAGAUGUUGCUGUACACGUGGCGCAUUCUCAGGUCCCUCCAAGUAUGAUAUUGGCCUCCUUGAACUUCUCCCUUGUAUCUUUGGCUUAUGUAAACCCAGGCAAUAUUAUUGAACUGCCCGACGAUGUUUUAGCAGGUGGUCCCAAGUUCUUACGAAAUUCUCCCAUUGCGGAACACAUUGGAUAUGGAUUUAUAAGAAAUAUUGACAUUGCCCUCAAAGCAUUUUUCAUUUUAACACCGGCUCCGUUUGAGGAGCUCAGCAAUGUGAAUUCUCUUAUCAAAGGCAACAUUGGCCUCCCUGUCGAGCUUUUAAGCAAGGACAAUAUCACCGACUCAUACUAUUUCACACGGGAAGAGCAAUCAGAAAUCCUCGGGACACGCGCGAGAAAGCCGCGUUUCAAUCUCAAGAGAAGGAAGUUUGAUUCUCCGAUGACUUCAUAGCAACAUAGCCUUCUAUAUAUCCAAUCAACAGAUUUAAUUCUGAGGUUUUGCGGUUGCUUGAAGUAGACCUUACCGUGGCCCUUUUUUCAAAUAACGCCCUCGAGAUAAGCAAGAAUAUGCUUUAUUUUUAUUGUCGUUUGUUGGAAAUGACGUCAACAUAAAGGGCCGAUCUGAACUUACUUUUAAGAAAUAAGUCGAAUUCAUUUCCCGAAAACACUCGACUCCAUGGGGUCCUUUCGCAAUACAUUUCCUUUGGAUAAGGUUCUCUAGAUCCACGAAGAUUCAAAACUGUUUUUCGACUAAAAACGUUCUCUGUUAUGAAGCACCGUCCUCUUUAACUCUACAACUCAAAUUAUAAAAUUUCAAAUUAUGUCUCCCGAAAUGUAAAAGACUAACUCACAUUGACGAUAAUAUGCAACUUUUUUGAGUCAAUACUAAUUUCACAAUGUUUUGGCUGUGUGUUUAUUUAAUGUGUAAGCUUCAAUUUUGUACGGAGAUUCUAAUAUUCUUUCAAAAACAGCUUUGGUGGUAGGAAGCAGAGCAGAGAAGCCCCUGAAUUUUUUGCUUCAGAUGCUUGGAAUUUAGUUUAAUUAAACGUUUUUUAUUUCAUAAGAAACUUGGAUCAGCAGUAUAUACGAAAAGUUUUUUCAUUUGGCAUCUAAGUUUUGGCAUUUUAGAACCAAAAUUUCUUAUUUGGUUUCUUAUUUUGGGACCUAAAAUUGUCAUAUUGUUUUGAAGUUGAGCAUUUUUGAAAGAACAUAAACGCAGAUCUACAGAUAAAAUUCAAAGUAUGCUAUCUUUUGCAAAGAAAAAUCAAAUUUUGGAAUCUUUUUUUUAAAAAAAUGGAAAUUUUACAGGUUCUUAACUUCUUCGGCCUAAUGCUCAAGCUUUUAAAUUUUUUGGCAUGUUAGUACUAGAUCCUUAUAAAUCAAUUUCUAAUUUGAAAAAAUCGGGUAGCUUGGCUGCUCCGGAAUGUGCCUACCUUUAGCUUUUUGCAGUAAAAGUUGGAAUUAUGGUGCAACAAUUCUUCAGGCAUCAGAUAAUAGCAGUAAUUUAUUAACAAAAUUUUAUUCAAAUACUUAGCUUGAAGCCAUCUGCUGCCUUGUUCUUGUCAGUAGGCCGGUUCUGUUGUCUCCAAAGUGCGUUUUCGCGGCAAAACCUGUUUCCAAUCAACAGUAUAAGACGCAGCUGCGACAGCUGCUUGACGAGAUGCAUUUUUGAUUUGUAGCCCGAUUGUCUUCUGCUGGCAAAACCAUUCGCUUGUAUCGAAAUAAGCCCACCAUAACGCUUUUGUUCUCGAAUCAGUGUUGUUGUUGUUAGUCUCGAGAUAUUCAAAAAAUGGCAGAGAAAACAAAUUGUUCAACCGUAUGCAGCCUUGAUCUAAAUUUUUCACUUGUAGUUUUGCAGAAAUCAAGGAAAUUUCCCGCCAUGUUGUUCUCAGAAUGUGUUGGAAGUUACAAAUUAGACAAGAUGGCGAAGUUCGGUAAUUGCAUCUUAUUGCAUCCUAUCAGGUCACUGGUCGAUAUGCAUCCUAAAUUUUGAUACUUUAUAUUACAACGAAUCGCUUUCAAUUUUUGAAAUUUAAUAUCUCAGCUUGAAAAAAAUAUUCCCCCACUGCAUUAUGGAUAGGUCCUGCUCACCAGAUACCGGGCUCAUUUCGUAUCGGAUUGUGGCUGUUCACAUGAUGCUAAAGUGUUUAUUUACUUAUUAAUGAAAGGUUUCUGGUAUACCAAAUGCCAAAGAGCUAUUUUCAAGAAACACAAAGCGUAACGUGGCAGAGCAUGACAAAGAACAGUUUGUCAGUCACAAGAUCAUGCCUUCCAUUAUAUAUGUAUGUCAAUUAAACAUAAAAUAAGUGCCAAAUCGUCCAAAAUUAUUAUUCCCAUCACAUCUUCCAAUAAACGAUUCAUUUAUUCAAUUCGAGGUUAGACUC